UGAAACCUGUGGCGGACACGUGAGAACUAGAGAAAAUUAUCUUGCAUUCUAGCGUGUCUUUCCAUACAGAUCUAAAACCAUGGAAGGAAAGUAUAAACCAGGUGCACUGACAGACAUUAUUGUUCAACACUCACAGCAGCACACAAAUGAAGUAAAAACGACCAAAGUGAAAGCCAAGUUAGCAUCACUCUUUAGUGAGGAGAAUGCAGCACAGAAUAAACAAAAGAGGAAACAGAAAGUAACAGAAGAAAGCGAUUCACCAUCUGGCGCUGUUGAAGGAUAUCAACCCCCACCUGGCAUAGUUCAUGAAGCCUUACUGAAAAAAAAGAAAAGGACAGACACAAAGAAAGAAAGAAGUAAAUCAGAAAAGGAAACAAAAAGAAAAGAAGAAAUAGAGAGCAGCAGGAAUUCAAGGGAAAAACAAAGAAAAAACAGGAAGAAGUCAGUACAGGAUAAAACACGAGACUUGAGAACAGUUUUUGUGGGAAAUUGGCCUUUAUCACUACAGAAAAAGGAUCUGAGGAAACUCUUUAAGACGUGUGGAAAGAUAGAUAGUGUGAGAUUUAGAUGUCCUCCGACUAAAGAUCCCAGGAUAUCCAAAAAAGUAAUCUCAAUCAAGAGAGAUUUUCACCCUGAGAGAUCAACUAUUGUUGGAUUUGUUUGUUUUGAAGAAGAGAAAUCUGCACAGAAAGCUCUCCAAUUAAAUGGAAGAGAGGUUGAGGGCCGUCACAUCAGAGUGGACUUGGCAUCUAAAAGUAAAGAGCAUAAUCACAAAUGCUCAGUGUUUGUAGGAAACCUGGAUGUCAAGAUAGAUGAGGAACAGAUCUGGAAUCACUUCAUGGACUGCGGAGAAAUUGUCAGUGUGCGUAUCAUUCGUGACAGCCAAACAGGACUAGGAAAAGGCUUCUGUUAUGUCCAAUUUGAGUCCCCUGAUGCUGUAGGCCUAGCCUCUCGCUUGAACGGCAGCCAAUUGGCAAGUCGAGAACUCCGAGUAAUGAGAAGUCAGGAGAACCCUGUCCUACCAAAGAAAACUGGAAUUGAGCGGAAAGGAAAACCGCAAAAUCCAAAGAAGAAUUUCAAAGAUAAAAAUGAAGGAACAACUGUCCACAAAGGCAAAACUGCAAAGCAACUGAAAAAGGACAAGAAAUUUAAGAAACAGAAGUCAAGUGCUGCUAAAAAAAUCAGAAAACAUAAGGCAAUAUUCAGCAACAGUUUCAAGAAUUCGAGAGAAAAUGACUCAAAAAUGAACAAGAAUAGUAACUCUCAUAAACCAAGAAAUGAAAAAUCUAAAGGAAAAUAAAUCUCUUCUUCAA